GGAGCCAGCACAGACUGACAGACCCGGCCCAACCCUGCUGCUCCCACUGAGAGGCGAGUGCCCGGAGCGGCGCGUCUGUAAGGGGCGUGUGACGUCACACUCUCGCGAGAUGAGAGCUGCGGGCCUGGGUUACCUGUCCGGAAGGAAUCGAGGAGCUACAUAUAAACGGCACUGCGAGACUUUGAAACAGCGAUCCGGGGCUGCGGGCUGUGUAAGGAAAAGCGGGACUGUCCCGGCCAAAGCGCCACUAUUGGGCGUGAUGGGUCAGGAAGCAUGCAAAGCAGCCUGGCCCAAGUCAGCUGGAGGCUCUCAGACCAUCACUGGGCGGAGGUAUGGAAGGAGGCAUGCAUAUGUGAACUUUCGGCCUUCUUUAAAGAGCCCAAAAAGAGCAUCAAGUCAACAAAUCAAAGAGUGCGAAGGACUGGAACUUGAUGAUGUACAGACAGAAAAAGAUUUAAUUUCCAUGGAAAGCUGUGAUUCACCUCUGUACGACAUUAGUAAAUUUUUAACGACUGACUUGCAACAAGACAACAAUAAACUGAAAGCAAUGGAUGAUGUUACAUCUUUAGUUACAGAAGUAGAGGAACAUGGAGUUUGCCAAUCCUUAUGUAAUAACAAUAUCUGUAAAAAAAACAAGACUCUUACUAGGCAUGUACCCCAUAAGUAUCAAAAUGGAAUUUCCUUUUUAAAUAUUGACUCUUUUGAGCCAGACAGUAGUGAAGGAGAGGAAAACUGUUACAGUUCAGAGGAUUUUACGUUGACUGAGGAGACCGGCAAAAUUGAAAAAUCCUUAGAAAACACACUAUCUGAGCUUGAGGAGGUGGGGACAUUUUGUGAAAUGGAGCCUGAGUUACAAAGUAAAAAUCACAGUUGUGCAAAAGACAGAUUAUCAGAGAUGUGGCCUGUAUCUUUAUGCAAAAGUUCCAAAAUUGAUUUUGGGACCACCCAUGGCAAAUGGAAUGUGUCAGUAAAAUCUGUUUCAGAGGAUGAGGCCACAGCACUGGGUAUUUCUGAAUUCGAUUCAAAGAAAAGUAGGACUGAUAUAACAUUAAAAAAUUCUGUUGGACUCUAUCCUGAAACUGCUUCUAAUAGCACUACAAUGGAGCAAGAUAGUUUAGCUGAACCAGUUGUCAGACCAAAAGUUAGAAAGCAAGGUACAAGUUAUGGCAAUAAAAACUCUUCCCUACCGGAAGAAAGCAAGGACAAUUCAACAGUCCGAAAGAGCAAUCGAGGAACACGAGUCAAAGUGGAAAAUUCCUGCAAAGAUGAAAAGAGUUACCCUGAAAUGGAGUCUUCUGGCAGUAAUGAUGAGGGCACAAGAAAAAAAAUCAAGAGCAUUUGCAAAGAGCAAGAAUAUACCGACUGCCAUGUUGACAAACCUGCAGUGGAUGAUACAUUUUGGGAUGACUUUGAAAUAUAUGGAAUGAAAUUGUCUGGCUCCAUUAAGGACGAUGAAAGCUCUGUCUGCAGUGAUGGAGAAUGGUCUACAUGCUUGCCUUCAUAUUUUUCUUCGGACAAAGACCAUUCGUCAAGUGAUGAUAGCUGGGAAACACUGCCUGGAAAAGAUGAACACGAAGUUCUUAGUAACAGCAGUAGUCUGGAAGAAGAAAAUUCUGACUUUUGUUUUCAAGUAGAGGAACAAAUUUCCUUGGAAGAUGGAGAAAUCCCUUGGUUGCAGUACCAUGAGGAUAUUGAAAGCAGCACCGAUGAAGAAAAUGAAAUAAGUAACCAGUUUGUGCAUCCUGGAUUUUUCAUGUUAGAUGGCAAUAACAAUUUGGAGGAUGAUUCAAGUAUCAGUGAAGACCUGGAAGUUGAAUGGAGAUUGCUUGAUGAUUUUGGUGAUGGACUAGGAGUUGCACAAGCCAUGUCCUAUAUGGACCCUCAGUUUCUUACAUAUAUGGCUCUUGAGGAGCGCCUUGCCCAGGCUAUGGAGACUGCUCUAGCACAUUUGGAAUCACUUGCCGUUGAUGUAGAACAGGCUCACCCACCAGCUACUAAAGAAAGCAUAGACUGCCUCCCUCAGAUCAUUAUUGGUGAAGACCAUAAUAUCGUAGGUCAAGAGCAGUGCUGUGCCAUCUGCUGCAGUGAGUAUAUCAAAGAUGAAAUAUUAACUGAACUACCAUGUCACCACCUUUUCCAUAAGCCCUGUGUUACACUUUGGCUACAGAAAUCUGGGACGUGCCCUGUUUGUCGUCACGUGCUUGCAUCUUCACACACUGACGCCGCUGCAACAUCUUUCCUGUCUGAUCACGAGAGCCCCCCUUCAAUCCACAGUGCAGCAGGAACCCGAUAAAGCCACUUACUAAUGAAUAUAAUAAAGCUUGUUUUCCAAAAGGUGUACCAUAUAAAGUCUAGAAAUGAUUAUACAGAUGCACAGAUAUAGUAUAAUAUAUAUAUAUAUAUAUAUAAUAGUUUAGUUAGAGUUUCAAAGACUUUCUAAGCAUUAGGUUUACAGCAUUAGCUGAACAUUUUAGAGUAGUGCACAGUAAUUAAACCAAUUAGAGCAGCUAUAUGUUUAGCUUUGGCUUGGUUCUCUGUUCAGCUUCACUGUUUUCUGUUUAUUUUUUCGCUGGUUCUUUCUUUGUGGCACAAUGAUUGAUUUCCUGCAACUGCAGUGCAGUUAGAGCUCCUUUUUUUUUUCCUUUAAUGCCUUUUUUUCAGUGGGUCAGAACCUAUAUGAGAACAAUAUUUUCUGCUCAUUCCUGUAGUGAACAGGUGAACACUGUGCCACGUUGUAACCUUUCAUGUUUGCAUCAAAUGUGAAAACGUUUUGUGACUAUACCAGUGGUAUAAACCACACACAUUCCACUGGAAAUAAAAUGCACAAUGAAACAUGG